GGUCUGCCCCAUGUAGAUUUUGUUGAGAAAGCAUUUUCAAUGCAGCAUUUCCUAUUCAAGAUGCUUGGCUUUUCUAGCUGCGUGAUUGUGGGUUUGGGAGCCAGUGUCUAAUUUCAUCUUGCACUGCCAUGGAAAGAGGAAGGAAAAGACUUUUGCCAGAGCAAAGGCAGCAUGUACAAAGGCAAAGCCAGUAGAAGUUUGCAAACCCCAAGAUACUCACAAGGGCAGAGUGGUAAAAUCUGUGCAUUUGUGUAAGUGUGACCCAGGCAGAGCUGUUGUUGAGCAAAUAGCAACUAUGGGUAAUUUUAAAUAACUGCUAUUUAAUAAUAUUACAGAUUCAGUUUAAUAAUAACCAAAGGAACAAACCCCUUCAGCUGCAGUCACUGUGUAGCUUUCAGGUUUUCUGCCCUUGAAAGAGAUUAUUUUGCAGGGAUUUCUGUGACAACAGAGAACUGCUCAGUUUUCCAGGGACCCGAACACCUCAAUCUAAAAGCCAAACCCCUUUUAAGUUCAACAAACCAAGAGUAAAGAGCGAUGCUGCAAGCAGCGCUUCAAACCCAGCCCCACCGCCCCGCGGCUCCCAGCUCGGAUGCGGUUGUGAAGCACAAAGGCGCUCCCUGGGGCGGCUGCCGGAGGGAGGGACGGACCGGACGGAGGCCGUGUGUGUGCCCGCACGGCCCCGCAGCAGCUGCCGGCGCUGCAGAUAACUCCGCUGCGUGAUCAGCUCCCUCUGCUCCCAAUCGCUGCGCUCCUCCGGGGCUGCCCUUGAGCGCAGCGGGGCUGGAACGGGGCUUCCAGCCUGACCCUUCCCUGCUGCUGCCGCUCUGCUUGGGCUGGGAGAGGAAGGGUUGGGGGAGAUCUCAUCGUCCUCCUCCUCAGGUGAUGGAGUAACAGGGAGGUAACAGCAAAAUGAAGGUCAAUAACACCUUGGCGAAGGCGCUUUAUGACAACAAGGCAGAGUGCUCGGAUGAGCUGGCCUUCCGCAAAGGAGACAUCCUGACGGUUCUGGACCAAAACGUCAUCGGCAGCGAAGGCUGGUGGAGAUGCUCCCUCCACGGCAGGCAGGGCCUGGCCCCUGCUAACCGCUUGCACCUACUUGCUGCCUCACAGGCUGCCCUGCUGCCUCCUUCCACCCGGAGCGGUGCCGCAGAGUCACCACCCGGCCAGCAAAACAUCUACCAGGUUCCUUCCAUCCCCAAGCCCACUGUGCUGUCAUCUACCUAUGAGAAGAUGGAGGGGUGGGUUAAAUCUCCAGCGAGGGUCUCCUCUCCACCUGCCCAAGCAAUAUACCAGGUACCAGCCGUGGCUGCACAGCUGCUCAGUGAAAGGACGCAAAGCUCAACAAGCCAGCAUCUGUUUACUCUCCCGAGAGCGUGCUGGGCUUCAGUCCCAAGUAUCAGGAGUGAGGUGUAUGAUGUUCCAUCCACACAGCGCCGGGAGUCCUUGCUCAUGCAGAUUGGUUCCACUCCGCCCACAGCACGAAAGGGCGCUGUGCUUGCCAGAUCCACUGAGUGUUUCCAGGAGGAGCAGAAGCAGCUUUACAACAUCCCAUACAGCCCAGAAAAGGCAGGAGGUGUUACCCAGAAAGACUCACCAGUGGGCAAUUUAUAUGAUGUCCCUCCCAAAAGAGAAAGUGAUGUUGCAGAAAAUGAAUCUCAGAAAAAGUGCUGGGGCCAUUACAAUACUUUGCCAAAUCCUCGCAAGUCAGAAUGGAUUUAUGAUAUUCCAGUAUCACCUGAAAAAACAGGAUUAAAAACCCCUUCUGGCCAUUCCCUGGAGAACCAGGUGCUGUAUGACAUACCACCAGCCAGGUACAAGGCAUUAACAACAAAUACAGAAGCCAAAGCUGCAAACCCACAGUUAUAUGAUAUUCCACCAAUGCAACGGAAAUUAACAUUUCCAGAUACCCAUCUUUAUGACGUUCCAUCCUCACGGGAUGUGCUCCUUUUGCCACAAAACGGUAGCUGUGAUGUCCCCCCACUUCUCGUGGCUCCAAAGGCUGAGAAUCAGAUCUCUGAAGAGAAUGUUUAUGAUAUUCCAAAAGGUUUGCCCACUGUUGUGGAGUCCAAGGAAGAGCUGGAAAAAAGCAGCGAUAAUUCUGGAGAGCAAGCAUACAGUGCUUCUCCACAGCUUUCAAGAGAUGCUAAAUUAGAACAAGACAGAUUAUCUGUUUCUAGUGUGGACAGCAGAACCAGCACCCUCUCUACAUCCUCGAACUCUUCUGCUGAGUCUUUUUCUAUCUCAUCAGAAGAGCCUGCCAAAGAAAUUAAACUGGACCUUGAUGUAGCCAUAGAGACCCUGACUAGAUUGCAGCACAGUGUAUCCAGCUCUGUUGCAAGUUUAAUGAUCUUUGUGAGUAGUAAAUGGAGGUUACAAGAACAUCUAGAGAAAAGCAUUGAGGAAAUCCACAGAGCAGUCGAUCACAUAAAAGUAUCACUGGGAGAAUUCUUGGCCUUUGCUCAACUUGUAAAGGUAAACGCCUCUUACCUCUCUGAUAACAACAUUCAGACCAGAAUUAAAAAACAGCUAGAAAUUCUCACAAACUCCUUCAAAAUUUUAACAGAAACAAGAGAAGCUCUAAACAACUGCAGCUGGUCACUAGAGGCUUUGGUCCUCAGGAAACCUCAAAACAACCCAGAUGAUCUUGAUCGCUUUGUUAUGGUAGCCCGCACGAUUCCAGAUGAUAUCAAGAGGUUUGUAUCCAUCAUCAUUGCCAAUGGAAAGCUCCUCUUCAGAAAGAAUGAGAAGGAACAAGAAAUGAAACAAUCAAAAGUGAUCCCAGAAUACAAAAUGGCAAAACAAAUCACAGUGCCGAGAACAGAAAUUGAUUCGCUUCAAACAAAUACUCCUGAUAAAUCCAAUCAAAGUCAGGCCUCUUCUGAGAAGCCAAAAGAAAAUGCCACUGAGGACUCUGAUUAUGUUCAGUUACAGGCACAGAAAAUCAUUUCAGGUAAAGAAGUCGCAAAGAAGAGCACACACUCAAAACCAAAGGUUUUGCCAUCUGCAAAGAAGACUGUGAUUCAAAGCAAGCAGGACUCUGCAAAAAAAAUAGCUCUCCCUGAGCACUGCAGGCUGUGUUUCGGUGCACUUCACAAGGCAAUUGGUGUAUUUACUAUGAGUCUGAACAACAACCAGCCGCCCGAAGUCUUCAUAUCCCACAGCAAAUUGAUCAUUAUGGUGGGACAAAAGUUAGUGGAUUCUCUCUGCCAAGAGACUCAAGACAGGGAUGCUCGGAACGACGUUCUCCACAGCAGCAGCCGGUUCUGCAGCCUCUUGAAGAAUCUGGCUCUCGCUACUAAAAAUGCUGCAAUACAAUAUCCAAAUGCAGAUGCCAUUAGGGGACUUCAGGACCAAAUUGAGGAGCUGUCUAAAUACACACAGCAAUUUAGAGCAAUGAUGGAGUGAAAGACACUGCUGUUUUUACAGAUUCUUCAUUGUUGCUGCUCCUCUGGCAUGAGGCAGUCAAGGGAGGCAAAAGAAGCUCAGUGACACUAACUUUAAGUCACCUCCAAGAACUCCUGCUGGGAAGUUCCUGGGUGCUGGUGCACUUUUAGUAGGUGAAGAUCCACACAGCAGCAGAUGUAGAAAAUGUAGAAUUAAAUCUGUAUUUUCUUCUCCAUU